AAAAUAAAAAAAAAGUGCCUUAAAUUUAUUUAUUUAUUGUACAUUAAACAAAUGUUGCUGUUGCUGCUGCUGUUCCUUAUUACAAACAUCAUAAACAAACUGUGAUUUUCCUCACCAGCAACUUACGUGGUCUUGCGAGAAUCUUCCAACAUGUUAUGAUGCCUCAAGAGUGGGUACAUUCCUAUACAUUCAUGGUAAUGUAGAUUCGGAAGACCGAAAUUUGUAGUGCCAUACCUGUAAACACAAACCAGAGAGUUAAGUCGUGGUGUUGCGAAACACUUCUGUCUACAAUCAUCACAACGAACAAACAUUAAACACACAAGCCGUCCCACAACUGAGAUUAAAGUGCCUUUUAUUUUACAAACGUAAUUUUAAGCUUGAAGUCGUAGAAGAGACAUUGACUUAUCUUACAGAAGUCAAAAGUUAGCCAGCCAUAUUAUAGCAAAAACGAAUUACAUGGAUUUAAUUGCGGAAAACGACUGCUAAUAAUUCGGUGCCUUUCUCUAUUACUAUUCGAAGUGAAUUUUAUGUUUAUUUUUUGAGAAAGAGAAAGAGAGAGGAGAGAGAGAGAGAGAGAGAGAGAGAAGGAACAGGUUUUGUGAAAAAUUGAUUCCAAGAAUUAUUGACAUAAAAUGUCAUCAUCAUCUCCGGCUACUACAAGUGUUAUCACUUCGAACGAACUCGCUUUAGCGGCCCAAGCUAGUAUGCAUCAUCGUGCUGCUCAUUUAAGUGAAGCUCCUCUGUCGCCGGCUCGUGCUAAUUCGGUUAGUGUUGCUGGUGCCACUGGCACAACGACCGGCAAUAUUGUCACAACAACUAGUAUAGGAUCAUCGGGCAGUGGUAACGGUCUACCGCUAAUAUCACCGAACGCUAUGCAUCGUUCACCGGAUAGUCCUCAGCCGGAAUUAGCUACCAUGACUAAUGUUAAUGUUCUAGACUUGCAUACGGAUAAUCCUAAACUGUACGAUAAAGAUGCAGUUUUCAUAUACGAAAGUCCGAAAGUUGUUAUGACGGGGGGACAACAAGAUGAGCAUGUAAUCGAUGCUCGCAUGGUGGCUCAGCUAAAUCAUCAGCAAAAUGCUGUUCAAGCUAGUGCAGAAAAUCAACCUCUUGCCAAAAUAGAAUUCGAUGAAAAUCAGAUAAUACGUGUUGUCGGACCAAACGGUGAGCAACAGCAAAUCAUUUCGCGUGAGAUUAUCAACGGAGAGCAUCAUAUCCUGUCACGUAAUGAGGCUGGCGAACAUAUACUUACCCGCAUUGUAAGUGAUCCCUCGAAAUUAAUGCCAAGCGAUAAUGCAGUAGUGGCAGCUAUGUUUAAUCAGAAAAUGGCUAACGAACAUGCGGGAGUAUAUCAAACGUCUCCCUUGGAUGCUUCCGUUUUGCAACAUUACGAUACGGAAGCGGUAGUAAAAACCGAAGUUGAUAUUUACGAUGAUCCGAAAAAACAACAAACCGGUCAAAUUAUUUACACUACUACCGGUCAAGACGGCACUACAAAAUCAUUGCCACAUCUACCCAUGCCCACUAAAUUAGAUCCCGAGUUGUAUCCGGGCGAAAAACACAUCGAUUUAAUUUACAACGAUGGCAAUAAAACAGUCAUAUAUACCACUACCACCUCCGAUCAAAAAGGUCUUGAAAUAUAUUCGGGCAGCGAUUUAAGUGGUUUAGUGGCUGACGGUCAAGUUGUAGUACAAGGUGGUCUACAAUAUGCCAGCGCUACUGGUGCAGCCGGUCAACCUGUUUAUAUUGUGGCCGACGGAGCUUUGCCGCCUGGUGUAGAAGGGCAUAUACAAAGCGCUCCCAGUGCUACCGUUAGCAAACUGAAUGGCCAGACCACACCUCUUGAUGUGUCGAGCCUAUCGCAAAACGAAAUACAAGGCUUAUUGCUUGGCUCACACCCAUCGGCUACAACAGCUGCUGUGGCGGCUGCAGCUGCCGCUAAUAUUACAACAACGGCGACUAUUCAACAGCAGCAACAACACCAGCAACAAACAACUAUAGUAACGGCUGGUGGUGGUGCGGGUGGCGGUACUGGUAAUGGUACUGUUGUUAUUACAGCAGAUCAGCAACGUCAACCAGGUACCGCCACUACGAUUAGUAUUAAACGUGAGCCGGAGGAUUUGCGUAAAGAUCCGAAAAACGGUGCCGCUAGUAAUGGCUCAACGGCCAGUAGCGGACAAAAGGUAAUUGUGGUGCAAACGCCUUCACCCACAACAACACACAUACAAAUCAAAGAACCGCCACCCAGUCCUGGAAGUCCCACAAAUACCGAAGCAAACAUGUAUGCUGCCGGCGGCGGCACUCAAAUCUAUUUGCAGGGCCCGCAUCAGAACUCGGCUGGUGGCGCCGGAUCAGCGGUGAAUACGCAAACACCCAGCCCAGGUCCUUACAUUGGAGCCGAUGGUUAUGGCAUGUACACAACUGGCCGUUUAACAACUGCUCCAGCGACAACUUUUAUAGCCGAGAACUACUAUCGGGAAUAUUUUACCACAGACGGUCAAGGUUAUACGCCCACGCGUACCAUUUAUGGCGACAAUGAUGGUAGCCAACCUACAGCUACUUAUGAGGGACGUUUCACUACCACCACCUCCGUUGCUAACAAUAAUGCUCCACCGCCUCACCCCGCUACUACGGUCUUAAAGAAUGGUGGCACUCCGAUCUAUACGAAAACAGUAACCGCUGCUGGCCUUACAGUCGAUUUGCCUAGUCCGGAUUCGGGUAUAGGAGCCGAUGCGAUAACACCCAGAGAUCAAAACAACAUACAACAGUCUUUCGAUUAUACGGAACUUUGCCAACCGGGCACUUUGCUGGAUAAUAACAGCGGUAUACCGGUAUCCGUCAAUAAUAUACCACGUGGUGCUGUUAGUGUUCAUGGGGGUCAAAAUAGUCCGACUACAUCGCUGGGUGGCACAAGUGCCAACGGUAGUGCUACACGUUCGAGGCCGUGGCAUGAUUUUGGCCGACAAAAUGAUGCUGAUAAGAUACAAAUACCAAAAAUUUUCACAAAUGUGGGCUUCAAAUAUCAUUUGGAAAGUCCGAUUAGUUCAUCACAACGACGAGAAGACGACCGAAUAACGUAUAUAAAUAAAGGACAAUUUUAUGGCAUUACCUUGGAAUAUAUACCCGAUCCUGAUAAACCUAUUAAGAAUACCACAGUUAAGAGCGUAAUUAUGCUAAUGUUUCGUGAAGAGAAAAGUCCUGAAGAUGAAAUUAAAGCCUGGCAAUUUUGGCAUAGUCGACAGCAUUCGGUAAAACAAAGAAUUUUGGAUGCAGAUACCAAGAAUUCUGUUGGCCUGGUUGGUUGUAUUGAAGAAGUAUCUCACAAUGCCAUAGCCGUUUAUUGGAAUCCAUUAGAAAGUUCCGCUAAGAUUAAUAUCGCCGUGCAAUGUUUGAGUACAGACUUUAGCAGUCAGAAGGGUGUCAAGGGUCUGCCUCUUCAUAUACAAAUUGAUACCUUUGAGGAUCCCCGUGACACACAAGUCUUCCAUCGAGGCUAUUGCCAAAUUAAGGUUUUCUGCGAUAAGGGUGCUGAACGUAAAACACGAGACGAAGAGCGGCGCGCUGCUAAACGUAAAAUGACGGCCACCGGUCGUAAAAAAUUAGAUGAACUUUAUCAUCCAGUUACCGAUCGUUCGGAAUUCUAUUCUAUGCAAGAUUUAUUAAAGCCGCCCGUUUUAUUUUCACCAGCCGAUGAUUUGGAAAAGGGCUUCUAUGGCCAUGAGACUGAUGGAGCGCCCGAUCUAAAAGGUGCAUCACCAUUUUUAUUGCAUGGACAAAAGGUAGCCACACCGACUUUGAAAUUUCACAAUCAUUUUCCGCCCGAUAUGCAGACUGAUAAAAAGGACCAUAUUUUGGAUCAAAGCUUAGGUAUGAAUGAAUUUGGCCCGGCAUUGAAACGUGGCCGCAUGACACCGCCCACCAGUGAACGUGUGAUGCUGUAUGUAAGGCAAGAAAACGAAGAUGUCUAUACCCCGCUACAUGUUGUGCCACCUACCACUAUUGGUCUAUUAAAUGCGAUUGAAAGUAAAUACAAAAUCUCCACAACGAGUAUAAAUAAUGUAUACAAAAAAAAUAAAAAAGGGAUUAAAGCGAAAAUGGAUGAUGACAUGAUUUCUUAUUAUUGCAACGAAGAUAUAUUUGUGUUGGAAGUGCUACAAAUCACGGACGAAUUAUAUGAUAUCUUUUUACAGGAAGAAACUGAACACUGAAAGUUAUUGGAUAAAAAGUAACAGUAACAGAGAAUACUCGGCUCUUUAAACAAAUGAAAAAGAAAAGAAAAAACAAACCAGUUACAAUAAAUUA